GCGGCGAGCGCGGGGGUGGGGGGUGGCGCUCUCUCUCUGCUCGCUCAACCCGCGGCCUCCUCCCGCCCCCGGCCUGGCGCGCGCCAAUCGCCUCCCCCAGCGAUAGUGUCAGUAGCAUUGUGGUGUCAGCUCCCGCCUGUGACGUUGCGCCUCCCCUCGUCCCCCUCCGGAGUCGUCUGGCUGCAGAGGCUCAGUCAAGAGGCGGGGAGGAGAGGAGGAAAAAGCGCUGAGUGAGGGCGGGCGGGCGGGCGGGAGGGAGGGAGUGAAGAAGCCGGGGAGGGGCUCCUUAAAGAAACGCUUCUGUCGGUCGCCUGCUCGCUUUUCGCUCGGCAUUGCGGCCAGCCAGCCGGGCACUCGGGGGGCACGCGCGGCCACCGCUAGAGCUCUGCCCCCACCCCACCCGCCAGCAGGUCUGGGGUGGGGACCCAGGCGGGGGCUCCUGCAGCCACUGCCCGGUGCGGACCGCACGGAGCGACCCACUUCUCCCGGCACCGAGGAAGAAGCAACGGAGCCCUCAGCAGGCGGCCGACCUCCCCGCCCCUGACCACCCGCUUCUCGGCUGCCUUUGUGGCCGCAGCUUCUCGCCGCCGAGCCGAGGGCCGGUGGGGGCGCGGCGCGCACGGCCGAGCGAUGCCCAGUUCGCUGUUUGCAGACCUGGAGCGCAACGGCGGCGGCGGCGGCGGCGGCGGCGGCGGCGGCGGCGGCAGCAGCGGAGGGGGAGAGACCCUGGAUGACCAAAGAGCCCUGCAGCUCGCGCUCGACCAGCUCUCCCUGCUGGGGCUGGACAGUGACGAGGGCGCCUCUCUGUACGACAGCGAGCCGCGCAAGAAGAGCGUGAACAUGACCGAGUGCGUGCCAGUACCCAGUUCUGAGCAUGUCGCCGAGAUCGUGGGGCGGCAAGGUUGUAAAAUCAAAGCGCUGCGGGCGAAGACCAAUACUUACAUCAAGACCCCAGUUCGCGGGGAGGAGCCUGUCUUUGUUGUGACGGGCAGAAAGGAGGAUGUGGCCAUGGCUCGGAGGGAGAUCAUCUCCGCUGCCGAGCACUUCUCCAUGAUCCGCGCCUCCCGGAAUAAGAACACGGCACUCAACGGCGCGGUGCCUGGGCCGCCCAACCUGCCCGGGCAGACUACCAUCCAAGUGCGGGUGCCCUACCGCGUGGUGGGGCUCGUGGUGGGGCCCAAAGGCGCCACGAUCAAGCGCAUUCAGCAGCAGACGCACACGUACAUCGUGACGCCCAGCCGGGAUAAGGAGCCGGUGUUCGAGGUGACCGGUAUGCCAGAGAACGUGGAUCGCGCUCGAGAGGAGAUUGAGGCGCACAUUGCUCUGCGUACCGGCGGCAUCAUUGAGCUCACAGACGAGAACGACUUCCACGCCAACGGCACCGAUGUGGGCUUCGAUCUGCAUCACGGGUCCGGCGGGUCCGGCCCAGGCAGCCUCUGGAGCAAGCCCACUCCCAGCAUCACGCCCACCCCCGGCCGCAAGCCCUUCUCCAGCUACCGCAACGACAGCUCCAGCUCGCUUGGCAGUGCUUCCACAGACUCUUAUUUUGGCGGCGGGACCAGCAGCAGCGCAGCCGCUACCCCGCGCCUGGCGGACUACAGCCCCCCCAGCCCCGCCCUGAGCUUUGCGCACAACGGAAACAACAACAACAACGGCAAUGGGUACACCUACACAGCGGGGGGAGAAGCCUCAGUGCCAUCCCCUGACGGCUGCCCCGAGCUGCAGCCCACUUUUGACCCGGCUCCCGCUCCCCCACCUGGGGCACCACUUCUCUGGGCCCAGUUCGAGCGGUCCCCGGGAGGCGGACCUACAGCUCCGGUAUCUUCUUCCUGCUCUUCUUCCGCAUCUUCGUCUGCUUCUUCCUCCUCCGUGGUCUUCCCCGGGGGUGGCGCCAGUGCGCCCUCCAACGCCAACCUGGGGCUAUUGGUGCACCGCCGGCUGCACCCUGGCACCAGCUGCCCACGCCUGUCUCCGCCCUUGCACAUGGCCCCGGGGGCGGGAGAGCACCACCUGGCUCGCCGGGUGCGCAGCGACCCGGGCGGAGGAGGCCUGGCCUACGCCGCUUAUGCCAACGGGCUGGGGGCACAGCUGCCUGGCUUGCAGCCGUCGGACACGUCGGGCUCCUCCUCUUCCUCCAGCUCCUCCUCCAGUUCUUCAUCCUCUUCCUCCGGGCUUCGGCGUAAAGGCAGCCGCGACUGCUCCGUGUGCUUCGAGAGCGAAGUGAUUGCCGCGCUGGUGCCCUGUGGCCACAACCUCUUCUGCAUGGAGUGCGCCAAUCGCAUCUGUGAGAAGAGCGAGCCCGAGUGCCCGGUCUGCCACACCGCGGUCACUCAGGCCAUCCGCAUCUUUUCUUAAAGGCAGCGGGCGCUAGUGCGCACCGUGCUGGGGGAAGGGGGAACCCCUCCCCAUCCUCAUUCCCCAGCGCUCGCCUGCCUCCCUGGGUGCCCCCCCUUUCCCUUCUCCUUCCCGGCCCCACCAACACUCUGAGAUCCGAGAGGAG